UUAAUCUGUUGUCUUUAUAAUAUACGAAAAAUGGCUCGACGGACGUGGCAUAUGUUUACAUUGAUAACGAUAAUAUUUACGAUUUUAUCUCUCGCUGGCGAUGUUUUCUCGUCGACUGCAGCACCAUGGUACGAAAACCUACCUGCUGUUACAAUGGAUUACAAAGUUCACAUAGAUGCUGGGAAAGAAGAUUGUUACUAUCAGUUUGUUCAACCCGGUGCCACAUUCUACGCAAGCUAUCAGGUGCUGAAAGGAGGUGAUGGAAUGUGCGGAUUUGCUGUGCGGCAUCCGAAUGGCCAGAUCGUGCAUCCUUACGAAUGGCGACAGAGCGCGGAAUACGCAGAUCAAACUAGUUCCGGCGGAUACUAUGCCGUGUGUCUUGAUAACCAGUUCUCUAGAUUUGCCGGAAAACUAGUCAAUUUAUACUUGUCGGUGAUUAGAUAUGAUAUGUGGGAGAAAUACGCGAAGGAAGUAGAAGAAUUGGACAUGAACAUCAAUAACUUUACAAACUCAAUACAGUUUGUGGAAAGAAAUAUAAAUGAUAUCCUGCAGUUCCAGUAUCAUUCUAGAGCAAAGGAAUCACGUGAUUAUAACCUUCUAGUCGAUAACAAUACCUAUGUUUUACGAUGGUCUCUGUUACAAAUUAUUGCUGUUGCAGCCACGGGCACCCUUCAAGUAUACUUUUUAAGAAAACUAUUUGAGGUGAAAGACAAUUCAUCAAAGACACGAAUUUAGAUCUAAGUAAUCCUUUGACAUUCCUUGUUAAUCUGUUGUUUCUGAUCUCUUCAUUUUUUUAUUUAAUUGUGUUUAUUGAGAUACUGGUAAUUUUUUUAUUCUUUUAGUUGUCUAUUUUUUGAGACUUCUGAAAGGUAAAAUACCAUUUUAAUUAAUUGUAGCAUUAAAUAAAAUCAAUACAAUUGUUACAAAUAAUAAAUUUUUAAUUGAUUGUAACUUUAAAUUAUGCUAAUUAUUUAGUAUUUUAUAAAUAUUUAUAAGCAAUUCAAUGUAUAUAUUUUAUGCCAUUGAUUGCAAAUAAAGACAAAAUAUAUAUUUUUAUAAAAUAUGUGACAACAAUUUUUAUAUUUUUUUACAUUUUUUACUUAUAAGAUGACAAUCAGCACAGCAAUUAUGAGAAUUAGAAUUUAAAUAAUGUUGUGUACUUAAUGUUACAAAUUAAAUUUUUAACUAAGGACUGA